AUGGUCACAGACAUGCACGGCCGUGUCAAACGGCGUCUAGCCAGCACCCCUGACAUGCGAGAGGCGGAGGACGUUAGGAGACACAGCAGGCAGGACAGCCACACCUCAUGCGUGGGCUCGGCAAAGGUCCGAGUGGAUACGGGUCUGACAAAAAUGGGUGUGCUCCAACUCCACAAUCCCACUCACCCCAGCACGCUUCUGCAGCGGGCCAAUCAAAUGCGUCUGACCGGCACCUUGUGUGAUGUCAUCAUCACGGUGGACGGCCAGGAGUUCCCGGCGCACCGCACCGUCCUGGCCUGCACCAGCAAAAUGUUCGAGAUCUUGUUCCACCGCAGCAGCUUACGCUACGCCCUGGACUUCCUGUCCCCCAAGACCUUCCAGCAGAUCCUGGAGUACGCCUACACCGCCUCGCUCCAGGCCACAGCCGAGGACCUGGAUGACCUGCUGUACGCCGCUGAGAUCCUGGAGAUAGAGUACCUGGAGGAGCAGUGCCUGAAGGUGCUGGAGACCAUCCAGGCGGAGGAGACGGAGGAAGUGGCGGCGAGGACUCACAGCUCCGGAGACCACAGCGACCACAGCCGGGCCAGGCACUGGAGGCACAUGUUGAUGUCCAAGAAGCAUUCCAUACAGGAUGGACCCAACCGCAUCACUCCCACCGCUCUGCACCACCUGGCGCUGUACCACAUGAGGGAAGGGAGCUCUCCUGGCCUAGAGCCCGACGCGCCUCCUGAAUUGUGCCCCAAGCUGGACGCGGAUGUCGACAUGGAGAGUUCCCAGCAGCCUCAGCGCCGCAACGCAGAGUUAUCCCAAGCGGCAUCCCUGGAUCCUGGCAGAAGCAUAAAAUCCGAGAGCAUGCAGGUGGACGAUGCCAACGGCUGCGAGGGCAGGUCCUCCAGCGCUGGGGGGGGGAGCUGCGUGUCCGACCAGCCCAGAGACGAGGGCCCGGGGACGCCCCUGAGGGGCAGCGUGAUCACCAGCGCUCGAGAGCUGCACUCGAGCCCCGAAGACGGAGGACAAGUGGUUGGUAACGCUCUGGACAGUUUCCCCGGGAUCUCUGAGAAACAUCUGGCCUCCAUAUACUCUGUGCCCUCCAGCCACCCAGGGGAGGGGAUGCUGCCAGUGUCCGUUUCGGUGGCCCCGUCCCUGGGCGUGCCACUGGACCCGAGGGCCUACAGCGGCCUCCUGCACCAAGGCUUGCUGCACAGGGAGCUCCUCAGCAGGCUGGGCCAGUUUGCAGCAGGGAUGAGGCACGAGGGCCAGACUCAUGGCCAGCAGUGUUGCAGGGAGUGUGGGCUUCAGCUGCACAGCAGGCAGGCCAUGGAGCAGCACAGGAGGCUGCACAACGAAGAGAAAGGCCACGGCUGUGAAUACUGUGGCAAACACUUCCAGGACAGCAUGCGGCUAAGGAUGCACAUGCUGUCUCACACAGCUCCUGCAGAGGCGCUGGUGUGUGAUCAGUGUGGAGCAACAUUUUCCUCAGAGGACGCUCUGGAAGCCCACAGGCAAACACACACAGGGACUGACAUGGCGGUGUUCUGUCUGCUGUGUGCAAAGCGCUUCCAGACCCAGAAGGCCCUGCAGCAGCACAUGGAGGUCCAUGCAGGCAUGCACAGCUACAUCUGCAGCCACUGUGAGCGCCCCUUCCCCAGCCACACUACCCUCAAAAGACACUUGCGCUCGCACACGGGCGAUCACCCGUUUGAGUGUGAAUUCUGCGGGAGCUGUUUCAGAGACGACGGCACGCUGAGGGGCCAUAAACGCAUCCACACAGGAGAGAAGCCUUAUGAGUGCAACGGCUGUGGGAAGAGGUUCAGCCUCAAACACCAGCUAGAAACACACUACCGUGUACAUACAGGUGAGAAGCCAUUCGAGUGUAAGCUGUGUCACCAACGGUCCAGAGACUACUCGGCUAUGAUCAAGCACCUGCGCACUCACAACGGAGCGUCUCCGUACCAGUGCACCAUCUGCCAGGACUUCUGCCCGAGCCUGGCCGCCAUGCAGAAGCACAUGAAGGGCCACAAACCGGAGGACGUGCCGGCCGACUGGAGGAUAGAAAAGACUUACCUGUACGUCUGUUACGUCUGAGCAGGACUUGGACCACACGCACACACGCUGUUACUGUUGGGUGAAAACCUCGUAACUCCAGUGUUGCUGUUUUUUUCAUGCUGAAAGAUUGCAUGUCUCUCUAUGUGUUUAAAAAAAAAAAGUAUUAAAAUCAGAC